UUUGUGCUUGCUCCUGCAAUAUGUUCAGCUUGUUGAAUGUCGUGUAGCAUAGACGAGGAUGAGUCAUGAUAGCCAAAAUGAAAUUGGGCAGAGAACAAAGUAUAUAAUUUGAUCAUUGAAACUUAGAGUUUGGAAAUUAGAUGAAUUGUAGGUUCAAGGGUUCGAGUGAUUUUCUGGGAAUGAGAUGAUGAUUAAAAUUGUUUUGGUAAUUGUUUUAGAAAUGGAGGCUUGAAGGGAUUAAUCGCAGACUCAGGAAAGAGAAGUAUAGGUAUUAAAGAAAACUAUAUGAGCGAUGUAUAGGCAAGUAAGCAAUUAUUCGUGAUAAAUUUUAAAAUAAACGGAUUGAAAAAGAUGACAGGUUACCUUGUUCUACACCUUAGAAAUUGCAUGGUAUGGUGCAUGUAAGAUGACAUUUAGAAGAUUCUCCAUUAUUCAGUUCAAUUCAUUUAAAGAAGGUAAAUUGAGAACUUCAGAACACCUGGACGGGACUAUAGCAAUGGUUGAAGCAUACACCUCCAGGAACAUGAGGACAUUGUAUUAGGUAGGCAGGAAAAACUAUAGGAAUGCUGUCAUCUACUGCUUCUGCUCAGCUUCCAAGUUGCUGGUACCUCUUUCCCAGUCAUCUUAAUGCCCAUCAUCAUGCCCAGCAAAAGAGAAAACUCACCAGUCUAACACUUGCAAAUGCAGAUAGACAAGUCUACAAUUUGUGUCUUUCUCAGGCCCAGAAAAACAAUAAAGGGCUAGAAAGCAAUUACAGGACUAGAUACAAUUUCAACUUAAUUCAGAAUCACAAAUACCUAUUCAAGGAAAACAACAUAGCCAGGUCACUUUUCACAGAAAUGUGGUGGGUAGAUAUAAAAGCAGCAAUUGGCCAAAGAAUCAACUUGGAGGGCAUUUUAUGCUCAGCAAUGGUGAUCGUAAAAAGCCCGAAAUUGGCACUGCCUCAUAUUGCUGUUCCAGAUAUAAGGUACAUUGAUUGGGCUGAGCUUCGUAGAAAGGGAUUUAAGGGUGUUGUCUUUGACAAAGAUAAUACUAUUACAGCGCCGUACUCUUUGAUGCCUUGGCCUCCUCUUGAGUCUUCAUUGGAGCGUUGUAAACUGGAGUUUGGUCCUGAUAUUGCUGUAUUUAGUAACUCUGCUGGACUUCAUGAGUAUGACCCUGAUGGUUCUAAAGCUAGAAUGCUUGAGGCUGCAGUUGGAAUUAAAGUCAUUAGACAUAAAGUAAAGAAGCCAUCCGGUACAGCCGAAGAAGUUGAAAAGCAUUUUGGUUGUGAAUCUUCAAAGCUAAUCAUGGUGGGUGAUCGGCCUUUCACUGACAUUGUUUAUGGCAAUCGUAAUGGGUUCCUAACGAUUCUCACAGAGCCUUUGAGUCUUGUUGAUGAGCCAUUUAUUGUUAAGCAGGUGAGGAAGCUGGAGACUACUUUUGUAUCUUAUUGGUGUAAAAGAGGGUUGGAGCCGCCUGUCCAGAAGUUAUUGCCAAAUCCCAUGUCGUGUGUCAAAGAGCCACGCCCUUGAUCGUUUCCUAGGGCAUAGAACACUACCCUGUCCCUUUUGUUUUGUUCUGAAAUAUAUACUGCCCUCCCUACCUUCCAGUAAUGAGUUGUGCAUAAUGCAUGCUCAUCAAUAUUUUGUUUGGUUAUUUAAAUUUUUUAUCCCACCAGACUUGAUUUUGUUA